CCUCCGCGUUGGUCCAGAUUUGUCCGCCAUGUUGGUUUUCUAGGUGGGAGUUUCGUUUCGUAUUUUGACUUCCCGAAACUGUGAAAAUUACUCGUGUUUAGCCACGAAAGGAACGUAAUCGUGAUUCUAAAACCACAGUGGCGCAGAAAAGGAGAGGUGGGUGAUGCUGAUUGCCAGCAAGUAUGGAUGUGUUACCCUGAACAGAGACAAGAAGACAACACGCUGCCAUCAGCUACAAAACAUAUCCUAGAAUGGAGAGACCAGAGCAUGAGCAGAGGUCCACAGCAGCAGAGGCACUGCUAGACCUGUCCACUGCCUGUAGGGCCAAGGAUACCAAGGAUAAUGUACAGAACAAACACACCCAGGCGAUGCCCAUGGCGGAAAACUCCCGCGAGCGGCUGCGCCCGUGGCUCAUCACCAUGAUUGACAGCGGCGCCAUCCCUGGCCUGGACUGGCUGAACGAGGAGAAGACCAAGUUCAAGAUUCCCUGGAAGCAUGCUGGGAAACAUGAGUACAACCAGGACAGGGACUCACUCCUCUUCAAGGAGUGGGCCAAGUACACAGGGAAGUACCGUGAAGAUGUUGACAAACCCGAGCCUGCUGUCUGGAAGACACGGCUAAGGUGCGCGCUGAACAAGCACCCCAAGAUUCACGAGGUCAAGCAUGAGAGCCAGCCGGAAGACUUCCACAACCCUUAUAAAGUCUAUGUGUUCCAAGACAAGACAGAUGAGAAAAUCACAGUAAAGAAACCUUUGCCAGCUGGGCGACUGUUAGGCACCAGUCUGGAAGGUUAUGAGACUACAGAGGGUCCCGUCCUUUCAUACACAACAAAUGAGAGAGUAGGCAGUAAGAGACCAUUGGUCACGGCAGGUCACCUGAUCCUGACCAGCCCGGACUCUACCAGUACUUGUGCUCCGGAGCCGAUCACACAACGCGCUGUCGCUAUAGUGACAAGGUGGAGAGGUACACCUGAACCUGACGACAACAUCAACGUAGUUAACAAAACAAUCAAGAUCGAAGGACAACAGGACGCUUCGACAAACACAGCUGGGUUUGUGUGUAGAACAACACAACCGGAACAAACACUCAUCAAAAAUAUCAGCCAACCGACAGCCAAUCUUGCAUUUGUCACAACGGCGGCACAACCAGAGCAAAUGCUAAACAUUAAAAGUAACAGCCAACCCACGGCCAAUCUUGCAUUUGUCACAACAUCACAACAGGUACCGGAGCAGACGCUCAUUAAGAACAACAGCCAACCCACAGGUAACGUUGCGUUUGUCACGACAACUGCACAACCGCUCAUCAAGAACAACAGCCAACCGACAGCAAACGUUGCGUUUCUCACAACGACAGCACAACCUAGUCAGACAUUUAUCAAAAGCAGCAGCCAGCCAGAGUUGUCUACCACCACCCCCUCCAUCAUGGGGAGAAUGUUCUUCAAAAUCAAACCACCAAACCCUCAAGGAAGACCACAUCUGAUAGUGGACGUAUCUCCCAACAAGUGUAAGAAACACGAAGACCCUUCACCGAACCCGGCAGUCCCCAUGGACGCAAGACCUGUCACAGCUGACAUGCCCGUAGACUUGACUCCAAAACCUGUGGCCGUCACGGACGGAAGGUUUGCCAAAAGCGAGAAAGUACCAGUAGAGGACACUCCAACAGAUUUGUCUAUGUCCAAGGAACCGAUACAAGUAAAAACAGAGAGUCUACAAGAUCUGCUGGCAAGAAAAUCCCCAAGAGUAGAAGAAAGGCGAGAUGAUAGGAUUGAAAAACAGGAUGACACUCCCGUAUGUACUGCUACGCCAAUGGAGGUAUCAGACGUGAAAACGGAAACGCAGCAGAUUACAUCGGAUCCCACGGUAAGAUUCACGAUAGGAAGGUGCAUCAAAGUGGAGAAGCAGGAUGGUUCCUCCAACAGUUGCGUGCUCACGGACCAAAAACAGCUCAGUCAUGUCGAACAGGAGAAAAUGGAGAUCAUCACCUUUCGCGAGGAACCGUUGGUCCGACAAGAGCCGUCCCCGGUGAACGGUCAGAAGAUCAACGUUUGCCCGCUUUGCGGGGAUAGGACGGCCAGCGUGCCCGAGUUCGACGCCCACAUGCGGGCGCACCAGUGGGAGAAACCAUUCAUGUGCGGGGAGUGUGGGUACAGGACAGGAACCAAAACGGCACUCUCUAAGCACAUGAAGGCCCACUUUCCUAACUCACAACAAACGUCGUAACACUGCCGUUCCUCUCGGAAAUAAUUUCAACAGGUUGGUAGAUCGUAGGAUAUAGGAGUUGUCUUUUACACAAUGACUCACCUUAGAUGCCUAUCAGACAUCUUCCUCAGAGCUUCUAACUGGAAUUCUGCCUCUAUAGGAUUAAAAAACAAGACUAGAUAUAGCGGCGAGAAGCAGAACUCCAGUUAGAAGCUCUGGGGAAGAUGCCUGACAGGCAUUGGAAUGUCAUGAUCAGCUGAAGUGAGUGGUUGUGUCAAAGAAAACUCCUAUACUGCCAUUUCUACUGUAUGUGAAGGUAUGGUGUCAUAUUAUAGGGUAACCUUAGAAUCAGUCGUGUGGCAUAGGUAUAUUAUAUUAUAUCCUUUUGUAUUUUGCUUGAAUUUUUUAUCUGAAUCCAAUUUUUUUCUUUGGCUUGACAUAUGUAUGAUAAGUGCAUACAUUUAAUUCAUUUAUUUGCGUGGAUAGUACACCUACAAAGAAAACACCUGUUGUUAUUAGUACAGCUGAUAUCACGAUUCAAUGCCCUCCACCCCCUCCCCCCAUAAAACCUUUUGUCCCCGGUGAGCAGACCU